AUGACCGGUGUCCUCAGAAAGGGAAGAACAGGGAGAAUUGCGACCCGCGGACACCGGGGAGAAGGUGCCGGAAGAGCGUUGGCUGCCCACGCGGGCAGCGCCCCCUUCGGGGCCUCCGGGAGGAACCCUCGCUCGGCCCCUGGGUUCCCGACGUGUGCCCCUCAGAGCUGUGGCGACACCUGUCCAGUGCUUGACGCCUCGCCGCCUGCGGCAGUGUGUUGUGGAAGCCCUGGCAAACUCCGGGGGGUGAACACCGGGCCGCUCUGCUGGGGGAAGUGCCCCUCUGCGGCUGGGCGUGCGCUCGGACGGGCUGGCCCGUCCCGGGCGGCAGGCAUCGCGGAGCGCGGGUGCCCCUCCGCCUGCGGGGCCUGCGGGGCCUGCGGGGCCUGCGCUCCGGCGGCGGUCCUGGCUCCGCUGUCGCCGCGCCUCGGUGCUUGCCCGUCGCGCUUGCCGAGUGGCGCCGACCCUGUUUCUUCCCGGUCCCCUGAGGAGGCAGCACGCAGUGUCGGUCUGUGCUGUCGCUCUGCCUCACUUCCGGUGUCCUCGCUUCCGCCGCGGGCCUGCACCUCGCACGUGGUCACACGGGACGCGCAUCUGCUUUGUCAGAGGCUGAGCUAA